UUUUCAAUGGGGUGGGGGUGGGGGGGGCAUAACUCAAAAUGCGUUAAUUUUUUUUUUUUUUUAACUUUUUUAAGCAAAAUUUUCCCCGGAACCUCCCUUUCUGGAUCCACCACUGUGAACAUGCUUAUUCUAUAUCUGGUAUGAUGAGGUGCAGCAAUCUUCAGCGACUGCUAGUUAAAACAAAAAAAUAUCCAUGUGGCGUUAAUUCCGGAUUUCUCUUAUUUUUUUCCAGAAUAGUUUAACAUUUAUCGAGUGAUGAGAGUAUCCCGUGAGAUAGAUAGAUAGAUAGAAAAAAUAUAAAUAAAAUGCUAUGAAUUGAAUUGCCUAGGCCGAUUUUAGAAAUGGACGACAGAAGCUUUCAAAACCCGUUUAAAGAUUUAGAGCCAAAUGAGAAGGAGAGGGAAAGUAUAUCAAAUCUUAUAGACCCUUAUAAAGAGAGGUUUACAAAAAAAUAUCAGCAACUGCUUGAGGUUGUAAGAAGUGGGGUAGAAGAAGAGGAUGAUCGAGAUUACUCUGUUUACACCGGCUCUGGAGGAAUUGCUUUACUUUACUUUCACCUCUACGAGAUAAACUCAAACAAGGGAGACGUCUCACUUCUCAACACAUCACUGGAUUACAUCAAGCGACCGUUACAUCAUCUGAAGGGGAGAAAACUCACAUUCCUGUGUGGUGAUGGUGGGCCCCUAGCCUUGGCUGCUGUGAUCUACUCCCUGCUUGGCAAACCCUCAAAAUCACAAAAAUAUCUUAAAAGGUUGACUGAUCUCAGUGCGGAGGUUUUAUCAAACCAUCAUUUGCCGGAUGAACUUUUCAAUGGCAGAGUGGGAUAUCUAUAUGCCCUCCUGUUUGUGCAAAAGAAACUUGGUGAAGAUGCAUUUGAUAAAUCUAUUAUUGCAAAGAUUGUGAAGACUGUGCUAGAAUCUGGACAAGUUUUAGCCAAGCGAGACCGGUGGCAACAUCCUCUGAUGUACCAGUGGCAUGAGAAGUACUACUUCGGGGCAGCUCAUGGAAUGGCUGGCAUCCUGAACAUCCUACUACAGAUAAAGAAGCCAUCUCUGCAAGCUGAGAUAGACUCCCUGGUGAAGCCCACUGUAGACUAUAUGUUGUCCCUUCAGUUUCCUUCUGGAAAUUGUCCAUCUUCUGUUACCAGCAUUGACAAGGACAAGCUAGUUCAUUGGUGCCAUGGAGCUCCUGGGUGGAUCUACAUGUUCAUUCAGGCAUACAAAAAAUAUUCUGACAGUAAAUACCUGGACGCUGCGAAACGUUGUGCCAAUGUCAUCUGGUCACGGGGCAUUUUAAAGAAAGGUUAUGGACUCUGUCACGGGACUGCAGGAAAUGGUUACAGCUUUUUAGCGAUGUAUAACCUGACAGGAGAAAAGCUUUACCUACACAGAGCUAUAAAGUUUGCAGAAUGGUGUUGUGAUUAUGGGAAACAUGACUGCAGAUUUCCGGAUACUCCCUAUUCUCUCUUUGAAGGUAUGGCUGGGACUGUUUAUUUCAUGAGUGACAUUUUGAAUCCAGAAAAUGCAGGCUUCCCAGCUUUUGAAAUCACAUGACUUUAUCUGCAAAUAGAAAUACUAGAGAAAUUCUGCAUUUGUCUUUGCGCACAGCAUCGGGAAAGGGUAGUGGUGUGUGCAUUCUUGUUAGUGUUCAUUGUGUUAUUAAAUUGUGAAGACAU